AUGUCUGGAACCAAGAGGAAGGCAGAAGCAGAGAUGGUUGGUGCAACUUGCACAGAUUUGAGAAAGAUGCAGAAGGAAGAUGGGGUCGCGUUGAUGAAGGUGUUCAACCAAGUGGCAUCUGCAGCCAAGAACACCGAGAGGGUCUUGGAGCUCUUCAAAGCACAACAAGGCCUCAACAUUGGCUUCCCUGUGGAUUGUUACACUCAUGGUCUCCAAAGUGCCACGCGGGCGUUGCGCGAUGGUCGUGAUGAAGAGACCGUUGUUGUUGCAUUGCUGCACGACAUUGGUGAGUGUUGGUCUUCCAUCAACCACGGGGAAAUUGCGGCGAGCAUUUUGCGACCCUACAUCGGUCCGGAGAACUACUGGAUUUUGAUGCAUCAUGAGAUCUUCCAGGCCUACAUCUACCAGGGGGGAUUUGAAUUGAAGGACAUUGAUGCGUUGCGCAACCAGUUCAAGGACAGCCCUUACUUUGAUGCCUGCCACCAGUUCUGCUACAAGUAUGACGCUCCGUCCUUUGACCCGGACUAUGAGACGCUUCCCCUGGAGCAUUUCGUUCCAAUGGUGCACCGGAUCUUCAACCGCAAGCCCUAUGAGACCAGCGGUUGCCUCAACGACUCACUACUCAACAGGGCAAAGGCGGGCAUGGCAGAGGCCUACCCUCCCCCAGGUGAGGUGGAGUCAGCAUAG